AUGACAAAUCAAGUUAUCAUAGGAGCUCUCUUCCAGGAAGGAACUUCACAAGUUAGACCACCAUACUUCAAUGGACAAUAUUUCUCUCACUGGAAAGUGCGUAUGGAGAUCUAUGCCAAGGCAUACGAUGUUAAAGUUUGGAGAGUCAUCAAAAAGGGGAACUAUCCCCUGCCAGCCGCUACCCCACUACUUGUUGAUCCUGAAGAUAUAGAUUCAUACACAAAAAAGCAAAUAGAAGUGGUACAAAUUAACAAUAAAGCGAGAAACCUGCUUUAUAAUGCCAUAAGUGGUGAAGAAUAUGAGAAAAUCUCUAGCUGUGACACAGCCAAAGAAAUAUGGGACAAGCUUGAGGUCACAUACGAAGGAACCAACAAAGUAAAGGAAACACAUAUCAACAUGUUGGUUCAUGAUUACGAACUCUUUUCAAUGAAAGAAGGAGAGUCGAUUGAAGAGAUGUUUGCCAGAUUCAACAAAAUAAUUAGCGAUCUAAAAGCACUUGACAAACCUUAUACGAGUGGCGAUCAAGUCAGAAAGAUUCUUAGAAGCUUACCAACCACUUGGCAGACCAACGUAGUCACACUUGAAUCUCAGGAUCCAAAUAAGUUAUCCUAUGAUGAACUACGAGGAGAACUCAUAGCCUUUGAAAAGACACAUCUCAAGAAAACUAGUCAAGAAGAAAAAAAGAAAAUAGUCGCAUUCAAAGCCUCAACCAAAAUUGCUGAAAAUGAAAUCGAUGAUAAUCCUGAAGCUCUACAAGAAGAGAUUGUUAUGCUAUCAAGAAACAUAGAUGGCUUAAUGAGAACAUUCAGGAAUAUGAGAAAAGAAAGAAUUCCAUACAGUUGGAGCGAUGAAGAUAGUUCAGAACACGAGGAAAUAGCAAAUCUUUGCUUCAUGACGAUUCUGGAAAAUGAGAUGAACAAAUCCUCAGGAUGUUGGACAGAUGAGGACAUUUCAGAUGAUGAAUGCAAAGAUAACAAUGAGAACUGUUUCAUGGAACGAGGUGAAACAAGUGAGGUAAGAUCUUAUAACUAUGAAAGAUACAAUAAAUUACAGGAUAUUCUUGAUUUAACUUUGAAAAAGUCUCAAAAAAUGAUGAAUGAACUUAAGAGACUCAAUAAAGAAGUUAAAGACUGGAAACUCAAACAUGAAGUAUGUGAAAUCAAAAAAGAAGUACUUCAAGAAGAGUUUGAGGAAUUGCAAAUGCAACUCAAUGGCAUGCGCAAAUCCACCAGUCAUAGUUCUGUCAGGUCAAACCAGGCAACUUACAAGUCAACUGGAAAAGGACCAGCUAGAACAAAAUCCACUAGUACUAACACUAAUGAAAGACCUAAAAGUGGGUCAGGAGUUACGUGUCACUACUAUAACAAAAGUGGACAUAAAUAUUCGUUUUGUCACUUUCGUAAAGCAAAUGUUUCAGGAUGA